AUGGCUAACAAGGGAGGGUAUCUAAGCGUGUUAGCGCCCAUUGAAACUACACCAACCAUCAAGCAAGACCACAUUACUUCCAAUGCUGACCUACAAGACAGGAUUAGCCAGUUGCCAGAUGAUAUUUUGCUAGCCAUCCUUGAUGGACUCAAUGUCCGAGAUGCUGCAAGAACAAGCCUCCUCUCAAAGCGUUGGAGGCCACUCCCCACUAUGAUAUCACAUCUUACAAUAGAUGUUUCUGACUUUGAUCCCAAGAGCAUGUCCAGCUUCUCUGAUGAUGAACUGGGUCGGAUCAAUGCAACAGUGGUUAAGGCAACGAAGAGCAUAUUGGCAUGCAGGAAGUCAAAUGAGCACACUAUCAGCCUCCUAUCCAUGAGAUUCUACUUGAGAGACGAUGACUGCAUAUCCUUUGGACACACUGUUGGCCACGUUAUGGCAACCCAAAAAGUUGAGAUGAUUGAAUUUACAAUUUUGACAGAGAAAGAUGACAAUCAGUGCAUUGACGAUGAUUUCAUCGUCUAUGGGAGACGUUUUGCGUUGUUCUUCAGUUAUUGUCCAAAUACAUUCGGAGGUCUCACAGGACUCCAACUUGAGAAUUUGAGAUUUGGUGAACCAGAAAUCAUUGAUGUCCUCAACACUUGCAAGCGAUUAAACUAUUUGCGUUUGUAUAACUGCAGCUCAGGAAUUUCCACUUUUUUGGAAGUUGAACACUUGCAACUCAGUGAACUUAGUAUUAUUAAUUGCCGUUUUGGAAUAAUCAAACUUAGUUCACUCCCAAAACUCACACGGAUGAUCUUUGGUGGUUGGAUAGCUUUCCAAGAUCCACUUUCUUUUGGACAUGUUCCAUUACUGGAGUCUGUAACCCUCACCAAUGUUGGUCUUAGUUGGCACAAUGCGGUGAAGUUGAGCGAAUUUCUGAGCAAUAUCUCUAUAAGAGAUCUGACUUUAGAUUUUAAUAGUGAAAAGAUUUGGGUUCAACCAGAAGGCCCAAAAGCACUUGCAUCUGCAUUCCACAAACUAAGGGUUGUGAAUUUAGUUGAUCUUCCUGAAGGGUAUGAUCCCUCGUGGACAAUGUUCUUUCUUGAGGCUGCACCCUCCUUGAGGGAGCUAUACGUGGCGGUAUGGGAUCAUCUCUGCGAAAUAGAGACGGAUGAUGAGAGGAGGAAAGCCUACUCAUACAGCGAGAAUAAGAACGCGGAUUGGAAUGCGUCUGCGUCAGAUUUCAAGAACCACAGCCUGUCAACGUUAGUCAUGUUUGGCUUUCAGUCGAACGACGAAAACUUGAUUAGGUAUAUCAGACUUGUCAUGGAUGCAGCGGUGAACCUUGAGGAUAUAUUCCUGUAUAAGAGGAUGGCGUGUGAAAAGUGCAAGGGCAAGAAUCCAAGGCCCUUGAGGUACCCGUCGACCAAGAAACAGAGACAGGCACUGAGGAACAGAAUUGCUCUGGGGACACAUUCGCUUGCUACGAUCCAUUUCCCAACUGUAUUAAGGGCUAAUCACUAUGCAAAACUGUUGUAUUAA